AUGACCAAGGUGCCACUUUCUGUUUGUGGAGGCCAGGAAGAAGUGACAUUGCUGCUCCCGCUCCAGCGCAUUGCCCCCGCCGACAGAACCCUACUCGCAGUUGGAGCAGGGCCGUGUUCUUGUAGUGUUGGACAGCAGCCACACGUUUUUUCUGUCAUUCGUUCCACUGGCAACGUCUCCUUCACCAUCAAAGCAGAGGAUUUGAGCAAGAAACUUGUAACAGAAGUGACUGUCAAGUUGGACAGCCCAGAGACUGCAAAGGCCAUCGCCACUGAUGCAGCACAGGCUAAUGACAGCAGCAACAGCACUGUACCUGCAACGCCUUCAAGCUCCACAAAUUCGCCAAGUGCUGAAACUCAAUCUGCCAAUGGAACAGGCCUGAAAGGCAAUGAUUCCGCUGCAAACAAACCGGACGACAUCCCCAAAGGUAGCAACGCAUCCAAGGCUGGCAGCCAAGGUGGCAAGGUACCUGAAGGAGGCAACGCGCCCCAAGGGGGGAAUGAGCCUGAAAAAGCCAACGCAUCGCAAAGAGGCAAUGUUUCUGCAGAGGGCGGCCUGCCUGAUGGAAAGGGCCUCGAGUCGCAAGGUGGCAGCGUGCCUCGCGCAGGCAAUGUGCCUGAGGGGGGCAAUAUGUCCGAAGAGGGCAAUGUGUCUGAAGAGGGCGACGGGAACGAUCGUCAUAGCCCAGACAUUGCAAGAGCCACGAAGGAACCUGCUGCUUUAGAGAAGCCUCAUGCUGACGAGGUUCUCGAGGACGCCUUCGACCACAUGAGUUUUAGUCUCGAAUCUUCCAGGCAGCUCAGUCAGAGGCGUGGAGGAUUUGGACGACGAGGAGGAUUCACCCCGUCUCGACGCAGAUCAUUCAGCCCAUCCCGUCGCAGAACAUUCAGCCCCCCGCGUCGCAGAACAUUCAGCCCCCAGCGUCGCAGAACAUUCAGCCCCCCACGUCGCCGAACCUUCCAAUCUCCACGUCGCAGACGAAGUGUGGGUCCAUCAUAUCAGUCACCUCGAAGGAGGGGCUGGCAAAACCGCGCACACCCUGGUCCCCACUACAACUAUCGUCCCCCAGCGGGGUACCAGCAGCGACCCUAUGGAUACCGGACGGACAACUACUACAGACCCCAUCAAGGAAAUGGUGCGAAGAUCGCCAUGGCUGGCGCAGCUGGCUUUGUUGGCGGAGCUGCGGUGGGACACAUGGUCUCCAGCAGCAGGUACAGCCGAUGGAAUACAAUGACCUAUGGACGCAGGAAUGGGCAAAAUCAAAGCCGUUUGGGCAAAGAAUGUCAUUUCCAAGACUUCACGGGCGAUUGUAGCACCUGCUUCAAGCGCUUUGGAGCUGAAAACUGCAGGGUCAACUAUGACUACCCAGAGGCUGCAAGCCGUGAUGAUCUCAUGGCCACUGCCUUCCUUCCCAGGGACUAUUCACGUGCUUUGCGUGUAACGUUGACAAAGAUCGCCGGUCCUGAUCUUGCAAAGGAGCGGAUCUGUCCUCCAGAUGGGUGGCAUUGGGAUCCAAAGCUGAGCAACUACACCGGGAAGUGGGUGCCUCCGGACAAGCAGGAUAUUUUCAUCACCUUGACGAAAGUAGAGAAAGAGGUUCAAGCACCGGCACCGUCACCGCCCGACAAGCCGAGACAGAGACCCGCACGCUCUGGAAAGGAUGCCAUGAUGAAAACUUUGUACAUUUUUUUCGCAAUUGCGAGCAUCAUUCUACUUGUUUGCUUGUGUUGCUGCUGCGGCGGCAACAAGUCAGCUCAGCCCCAGAGCGGACCAAAUGAAAUGGAGAUGGAGGGCUUUUCCAGCAGACCGAUGGCUCGGUUUUCUGCUCCUGUACCGGGCAUGGCAGCGCCUGUCGGAAUGCAGCCUCCUAUGUUCGCAGGGAGUGCGGCUGUACCGGGCAUGGCAGCGCCUGUCGGAAUGCAGCCUCCUAUGUUCGCAGGGAGUGCGGCUGUGACUGCAAGUGCAGUGGGCACUCGAGGAACAGCCACUGCCGCUGGUUUGGCCCCAAAUUCGGUGAGGACAUGCCCGCAUAUGCAUCCUUUGCGAGCGGAGUUGAAUCAAUCGCAUGAGACCAACUGUGAUGAGUGCCACAAGGAGCAAGACUACGGGCAUCAGGUUUACCGUUGCGAUCCGUGCGACUUCGACGUUUGCUCAAGGUGCAUUCAACUCACAAGCUUCAUAGAUGAGCCUGCCUACGAAGGAACAACGAGCUGGAAGAAUUUUCUGGUUAACGAGCCCAUCGUGGAUUCUCAGGGCUUGUUAGCUGGGCCUUGGGGUGAUGCGCUCCGAGCUGCUGUGCUCUAUGAGGUGCGUCAGCCAUCGUGGCCACAAGAAGAGCGCUUUUUAGAAGACCGAAAUGGACCAGCUGGCCAAGUCAUUGCGUUCUUGGAAGCAAAGGGAUUUGGAAUGUUUGAAGCUACAGCGGAGCAUAUGGAGGAUGUUUUGAGGGAAAAUCCACACAUGCUAAGAGGCUGA